UGGUAGGCCUGCGUGUGCUUUUCGAGAGUGCGGUGUUGUGUGUAUAAGGUGUAAAAAUUGGAAAAACGAAUUAACUGUACAUAUCUGUUACAUUUAUUAAUUUAGGAUUAGAUGAAGGUUAAAUUAUGCCACGAAAGGACAAAUUCGAAAACAACGGAGGUUCUACAAAUCGUCGGACACACACCUACAUGUCUGCGGAAGAUCAAGCGAGCGGCAAAAAGUCCUACUGGACAGAAUUGGAGAUAACAGGGACUAUUCGAAAUCUAAGCUCCAAUCUGUUCCAGUUAACGCAUCUAACGGCUUUGUACAUAAAAAACAAUCAGUUAUUGAGACUGCCACCGGACAUUUGUAGUUUAGUGAAUUUAAGACAUCUCGAUGUGAGUAAUAAUAAGUUACGGUCGUUACCCGCGGAGUUGGGAGAACUCAUACACCUUAGGGAGUUAAAUUUAUCGAAUAACUCUUUAAGAAUACUCCCGUAUGAGCUUGGCAAGUUAUUCAAUCUCCUGAGUCUCAAUCUAGGUGGGAAUCCUCUUAACAAGGAUAUCCUUACCAUCUAUAAUGAACCAAAUGGGACAGUGAAGCUGCUAACGUUUAUGCUGGAUAAUUUACAAGGUAAGCAUUUAUUUAAUUACAGUGGAAUCUCUCUAUAA